AUGGAUGCCUACUAUGCUGGCCAAGAUGGCACACCUGUCAAGAUAUCAAAUGCUUUCUGUAUUUUUGAACGACAAGCAGGCAACAUUUUGUGGCGUCACACAGAAGUGACCAUCCCAAAUAAAGUGAUCACCGAGGUCAGGCCAGAGGUGACGCUAGUGGUGAGGAUGGUUGCAGUUGUGGGCAACUAUGACUACAUAAUUGAUUGGGUAUUCAAGCCAAGUGGCUCAAUCAAGCUGGAGGUUGGGCUAACAGGUGUGCUAGAAACUGAAGGGGUUAAGUACACCAAGACAGACGAAAUAGAGGAGGAAGUUUAUGGUACACUAGUUGCAGACAAUACCAUUGCUGUAAACCAUGACCACUUCUUGACUUAUCAUCUUGACCUUGAUGUGGAUGGGGAAGCCAACUCCUUUGUCAAGAACAAAAUGGUGACCAAACGAGUGAAAGACCCCAGUAUUCCAAGGAAGAGCUAUUGGACUGUUGAAAGUGAGACGGCUAAAACUGAAUCGGAUGCAAAACUUCAUUUGGGUUUGAAGCCAUCUGACUUGGUUGUGGUAAAUCCUAAUAAAAGAACAAAACCUGGAAACCCAAUGUGUGGGUUACACCAUACAAUAAAUCUGAAAAAUGGGCAGGAGGACAAUAUGUGGAUCAAAGCAGAGGAGGUGAUACUCUAG